AUGAACGAACCCUAUGGUCCUGAGGCACCCCGUCCUAUCAGCAGCACAUCUCCUGCCAUCAUGAAAAUGUUCAUGGGCUUCCUCAGUGUAUUUAUUGUAGUGCAGACCAUUGGGACCGUGCUCUUCUGUUUGUAUCUUCACAUGAAGAUGGAUAAGAUGGAAGAGGUGUUGAGCUUAAAUGAAGAUUACAUCUUCCUGAAGAAAGUUCAGAAAUGUCAGACAGCAGAAGGUCAGAAGUCGACAUUAUUGGACUGUGAAAAGGUUAUAAAGGGCUUCCAGAGCAUCCAGAGCAAGGAUGGACACCCCAAGGAGCAGCCCAAGUUUGAAAUGCAGAGAGGUCCUGAGCACCACGAGCAUCCCCGCGUGACACACAAGAAUGAAACAUCUGUGGCAGCAGAGAAGAGGCAGCCAAUUGCAGUUCACCUGGCAGGUCAGCCGAGCAACAAGGCAGGCUCAGUGCUGGAGUGGAGGGAGACCAUGUAUGGCCCCACAAACAGCUUGAUAUCCAACAAGGAGGGGAAACUGAAGGUGGAGGAAGCAGGGCUCUACUACAUCUACUCCCAAGUCAGCUUCUGCACCCCAGAAGUGUCUUUGGCACCCUUCACCCUCUAUAUUUAUUUACAUAUCCCCAAAGAAGAGGACCGGCUCUUGCUGAAAGGACAAAAGACACAGACCUCCUUGAAGACACAUGAAGCAAAACACUCGAAGACCGUCUGUGCACUCCAGUCCAUCCGUGUGGGAGGUGUCUUCAACCUCAGGGAAGAUGACAUGGUCUUUGUCAAUGUGACAGAUUCCACAAAAGUGGGGUAUAGCCACGGCAACACCUACUUUGGCAUCUUCAAGCUGUAGUG